GGAUUCACCGCUUUCGUAUCAUGGCAUGGGACAAUGCAGCAACAAGUCUUACGUAGUUUAUUCCCAGAAGACGACGUCCAAGACAUUCGACAUUCACCAAUUAAAUCGUUUGCUCAUAUUGAUUUUAACAGUCUCGAUGCACUAAAUCGUGCAUUGAAAAAACACGGACUACCAUUACAGAAUUACGGCGUGAUUGGAAAUCUUCGCGUCGAAAGAGGAAGACCGCGGGGUAAUAAUAAUUAA